AAAAUUAGCGUAACAGGCACGAGACCUUACUGUCUAAUUAGUCAUACAAGUGUCGUUCGUUGCGCAUCGGGUGUUGGAUAAGUGAAAGCGGUGUGUUGUCUAGUUAUAUUUGAUUUGAUUCAUGCCCACGCAGUACUUGAAAAUUUGAAUAUGGCUACCCUUGUAAACUGAGAUGCGAAUUCAACGUGACAAAUGGAAAACAAUUUGUUAUAAAAAUGGAGUGCAUUGUAGCUAACGUGGAACACAUGAAAUUUGACAUAGAAAUCGCUCUGGACGAACAGUAUGGAGCCCUGCCGUUACCUUUCACGGGGAUGGACAAAUCCAUCGCUGCAGUAUGUCAAUUUUAUCCACGGGGAACCUGUGUCAAAGGAGGCUCUUGCCCUUUUAGACACGUCAGAGGGGACAGAACCAUUGUAUGUAAACACUGGUUGCGAGGCCUCUGCAAAAAGGGAGACCAGUGUGAAUUUCUUCAUGAAUAUGACAUGACUAAGAUGCCUGAAUGCUACUUCUACUCCCGAUUCAAUGCGUGCCACAACAAAGAAUGUCCGUUUCUUCACAUUGAUCCUGAGACAAAAGUUCGUGAUUGUCCUUGGUACGAUCGCGGAUUUUGCAGACAUGGUCCUCUCUGCCGGCAUAGGCAUGUACGAAGGGUUCUAUGCAUGGCAUAUCUAGCCGGGUUUUGCCCAGAAGGACCAAACUGUAAAUUCAUGCAUCCUCGUUUUGAGCUGCCUGCAGUCCAAGAUAUGCAACCAAAGGAAGGAAAGAAGGUGAUGAUAACAUGCCACUUUUGUGGUGAAGGUGGUCACAAAGCAAUCUACUGCAACAAGAUGCCUCCUGAUAUUAGAGAAGCUCAAGCAAGGCAAGAAAUGGAGGGUGGUGGCCAGGGAGCACAUCCUCCACAUCACCACAUCAAUUCACACAGUGGUCCCCCUCCACGAGGACCUCAGAAACCUUUGGAAGAGGUGACAUGUUACAAGUGCGGUACAAAAGGACACUACGCGAAUAAGUGCCCAAAGGGACAUUUAGCUUUCCUUAGUCACACUGGAGGGGCAGCGGCAGCUGCCAGUGGUCAAAAUCCAAGUUAUAGACGAUGAGUAGUUCGUCAUAUGUUGGAAGUAUGAUCAUUUUAUUCUUUGAAAUCACUUGAAUAUAAUGGUACUUGUACGUAUUAUAAUAAAAUAAGAAUAAAAUAAUUAUAUUGUACAUAGACCGGUUAGUCUGAAACUCAGGACUCAAAAAAGAACAUUUCAUCACAAUUUUAUAUCAGAUGUACUUAAAGGUGGCUGAAAAAAAAAUCGAAGAAAACGUCUUCGGAUUCUCACUGUCUUACACUUCAGAGUUUUAGUUUUGCAGCUAACAAUGUACAAGGAGGUUCAUAUGUAAACAAAACAGUAAUUUCCUUUGGUUUGUGUAUUAUUCAAGCCUGUUAAAAUUGAGAUUUCAUUUGAAGGCAAAACAAUUGUACAAACACGGUCUCAUAGUCCAAUCUCAUUUUAACUCAUUUUUACUUUCAACAAUUAUACAACAAUGCAGGGGUAAGAGAUAGUGAAAAUGAACAAAGCAUUUUUUGACUCUCCCCGGUGUCUGUUGUAAAAUUUUUAAACAGAAACACCAUACACAGCACAACAUUGUCACCGCCGAUAGGCUGCCGUCAACCGUAAAUAUAUCUGAAAUGUGAAAAAUAACGAAUUACAAAACAUCAACGUUACAAGAGUCUCAUGCUUUGACACAAACAUAGAGGAUAAUUUUUCUAUGGGAUGGUAAGAAACGUGAAUCACAACAUAUUCAGGGUUUAAAGGAGGAAAAAAUUUGGAUUUAUGACAUUUGUGUCAAGUGCAAUCGUUAACGACAUGUAAGAGUCAACUGCGUGUUCUUUUACGGAAUGGAAUAUUUCUCCAUUCAUGAUAUGACACUGUAUCAAAAAGUAUGGCAUAUCUCUGGCCUAAACUUAAUGAAUUAUGACAUACUAAGAUCUCACGAAUUGUUAACGAGUAACACAUAUUACGGUUUGCCACA